UUCAUCUAGUCAAAACUCGUACAAAAACCAAAGACUUAGACCAAAACCAUUCACCAUUUUCCUACAGCUUCUCAUUUUGGAUUCGUAUUGAUCUUCAACAUAAUGAUCAAUCUGAAUCUAUCCCCGAAAAAAUCAAUGUUCCAUAUAAUCAUCAUAUGGAUGCUCUUUGUGAUACCUUCUUGUGCUUUCUCAGCUAAUGAGCUUCACGGACUCUGCAGUCAACCGUUUAGCUGCGGCAAUUUAAAUCUCUUGUAUCCUUUCUGGACAUCUGGCAGAGAAGACUGUGGCCACCCUGAGUUCAGAGUCAACUGUAGUGAUGGAUUCGCAGAGAUAAGCAUCACCUCCGUGAAGUACAGAAUCUUAGAGGCCAACUAUGACUCUGGCUUCAUAAGACUGGCGAGAUCGGAUUUUAUCGGUGGUCUUUGUCCUAAAGAUCUUUUUAAUGCGACCUUCGACGAAAGCGUUGUUACGCUUGCUCCUACCACCGAGCUGCUAACAAUUUACUACGACUGCAGCCAAGACUAUUCACGUAAUGUUUCUGCUUAUGUUGGUGAUUUUACUUGUGAGGAUGAUGGUGGUGAUGUGUCAAGAAUAAGAUAUUAUGUGACAAGAAACCUGUCGUCCCCUCUACUUAACGGGAUUAGAGGUCAAUUAGAAGACCUUGGGUUAUCUUGCAAAGCCGUAAGUAUUCGUGUAUCAGCAGGGCCUUUGCUGAACACACUACAGACCGAUCGAACUCGAGAUAAUCUGCAGAAAACUCUUGCAGAGGGGUUCCAGCUUGGACUUAACCAAGAAUGUUCGUCGUGCUCAGCCUCUAAGGGCGCUUGUGGAUUCAAUCAAAACUCAGGUGGAUUUGUCUGCUAUUGCGUAGAUGAGCCAAAUAACCGUACUUGCAGUUCUAGAAAAAAGGAUGCAGGCCUCUCUACUGGUGCAAUAGCAGGUUUAGCAGUAGGUGUUACUCUGUUUCUGUUCCUGCUUUUAGUAUCGUUUCGCCAACUUAUCCGAAAGAGAAACAGAAAGUCAUUUAUUUCACAGCCAAAACUCAAAGCACUUAUUCCACUAAAGCAGUAUAGUUACGCACAACUAAAAAGAAUUACAAAGUCGUUCGCGGAGGUAGUUGGGAGAGGAGGAUUUGGAACUGUCUAUAGAGGCACCCUUUCUGAUGGACGAAUGGUUGCAGUGAAGAUUUUAAAAGACUCAAAGAGUAAUGGGGAAGACUUCAUCAAUGAAGUUGCGAGCAUCAGCCAAACUUCUCAUGUUAAUAUUGUUACCCUGCUAGGAUUCUGCUAUGAAGGUUCCAAGAGAGCAAUUCUUUAUGAAUUUUUGGAAAAUGGGUCUCUUGAUAAGCUCAUCUCAAGCAAGAGGCCGUCAAUUAUGCAUUGUAGGGACUUAUAUGGGAUUGCGUUAGGCGUUGCUCGUGGUUUGGAGUACUUGCACCAUGGAUGCAGAACAAGGAUUGUACAUUUCGACAUUAAACCACAUAAUGUCCUCUUAGAUGACAACCUCUGCCCAAAAGUUUCAGACUUUGGUCUUGCUAAGCUCUGUGAGAAGAAGGAAAGCAUAUUGUCGUUGCUAGACGCAAGAGGUACAAUAGGGUACAUUGCACCUGAAGUGUUUUCAAGAAUGUACGGUAGAGUCUCACACAAGUCAGAUGUGUAUAGCUACGGAAUGUUGGUUCUUGAGAUGAUAGGAGCACGGAACAAAGAGAGAGAUGAUCAAGAAGUUGGUCCUAGCACAAGUUCAAUGUACUUCCCUGAAUGGAUAUAUAAGGAUCUUGAGAUGAGAGGCAGUGGGAGUCUUAUGGAAAAUGGAGUCAGUAGUGAAGAAGAGGAGAUGGUGAGAAAGAUGACAUUGGUGGGUUUGUGGUGUAUCCAGUCUUCCCCAUCAGAUCGUCCACCUAUGAACAGAGUAGUGGAGAUGAUGGAAGGAAGUGUGGACGCACUUGAUGUUCCUCCUAGACCUGUUUUCCAAAUUCCAGCAGAGCCUCUUCAAGAAUCUUCUACACUUUCAGAGAAUAUAUCAGGUUACACAGAAGUAUGUUCCAUGAAUGUCGCAUAAAGAACGAAACCUGCUUGUAACUUAUUAAAUCACGAAAACAGUAAUUACAAUUACUAUACUGCAUUCCACU